UGUCAAAACUAUCUCUCGUCGAUCAAAAAUAGACCGUCCACGUUUGUUUCCUUUUCUUUGCGGCUAGUUGAAAAUCGUGCGAAAAAAUAUACCGGUUGCUGUUAGUCAAAGUUUUGUCUUCUGGUUAACUUUUAAAGGUGAAAAACAAGUCGUUUCGAAGCAAACAUGCCACCGAAGAAGAUUCUUGAACCGGAAGUAAAACCAUUGAUUGGCCGCAUCGGUACAAAUCUACGGAUCGGCAUCGUCGGAGUGCCAAAUGUCGGCAAAUCGACUUUUUUCAACGUGCUGACAAAGAGUGCGGCACCGGCGGAAAAUUUCCCCUUCUGCACCAUUGAUCCGAACGAAAACAGAGUUCCUGUACCUGAUGCGCGUUUCGAUUUUCUAUGCGAGUAUCAUAAACCGGCAAGUAAAGUGCCAGCUUACCUCAACGUUGUGGACAUCGCCGGUCUAGUAAAGGGAGCAGCCGAAGGACAGGGCCUGGGCAAUGCGUUCCUGUCACAUAUAAAUGCCUGCGAUGCAAUUUUUCAUUUGUGCCGUGCUUUUGAUGAUCCAGACGUGACGCACGUCGAAGGCGAAGUUGACCCGGUGCGAGAUCUGUCUAUCAUCGCCGAGGAACUGCGACUGAAGGACGAAGAAAAAUUAAUGGUUUAUUUAGACAAGCUGGAGAAACUGGUGACCCGCGGCGGAGACAAGAAGAGCAAGCCGGAAUACGAAACUCUACUCAAGGUCAAGGAAGUUCUGGUGGAGGAAAAAAAGCACAUCAGAUUCGCUGACUGGAGCGCACAUGAUAUUGAAGUGUUGAACAAAUACCUCUUUUUGACGUCCAAACCGUGCAUCUAUCUGGUCAACCUAUCGGAAAAGGACUUUAUUCGGAAGAAGAAUAAGUGGUUGCCAAAGAUCAAGGAGUGGAUCGAUAAGCACGACCCGGGUGCAUCAUUGAUUCCGUUUUCCGGUCUGUUUGAGCACAAGUUAACCGAGUUUGAAUCUGACACCGAACGUAAAGCGUACGAAGAGGAAACCAAGUGUACCUCGAUGCUGGAUCGGAUUAUUACAACUGGUUACAAGGCGCUGCAUCUGGAGUACUUCUUUACUGCUGGUCCCGAUGAGGUUAAGGCUUGGACGAUCCAGAAAGGAACCAAGGCUCCGCAGGCAGCCGGCCGUAUUCAUACCGAUUUUGAGAAAGGAUUUAUUAUGGCGGAAGUGAUGCAUUACAAUGACUUCAAGGAAGAAGGAAGUGAGGCAGGUGCCAAGGCGGCCGGCAAGUAUCGGCAACAGGGCCGAAACUAUGUUGUUGAAGACGGGGACAUUAUCUUUUUCAAAUUCAACGCCGGUGCCGGUUUGAAGGACGCAGGAAAGAAAAAGUGAUACCCGCAGUACGCUACGGUCAUCAUUGUUUUUCUCUAUCUGAACAUGAUACUGUACUCGCAGGUGUUUCUACCGCAGCGGCAGUAGAUAAAAUGACAGGUUCUAAGAUCAAGAUGGGGAAAACAAACAUAAGACAUUUUAUAUCUUCAGCAAACAAGGUAGACCUAUCCAUUGAUUCUUGCAGUACACACCCAUGCACUUGUCUUGUUGGAGAAUAUUAAGCUAAUAAAUUAUUUGUUUUGUGUAACAUCUGA